GAAAAAUAAGGCUUCGAAGCAGAGGAAACGAUGCGAUUUCUGGUUCUAAGAUGAUUUCUCUUUGCUUUUGUAUGCUUGAAUAGAAGCUAGAAGGCCCGAAAAAGAAGGCUUCGAAGCAGAGGAAACGACGCGAUUUCUGGUUCUAAGCAAAGGCUUAGAAGAAGAGGAAACAACGCGAAUUCUGGUUCUGGGGUGAUUUCUCCUCGCUUUUUGUUGCUUGAAUUGAAGAAGCUCCAAGGUUGAAUGGAACAUACAAGUAUUUGUAAUUCGUCUCGAGAUUCCAUUUUUUAAACUACAGCGAAAAAGGCUUCGAGGAUACAGUGCGUUUGAAGGAUCUUUUUAGGCAGGUUUAGAUGGCAUUGAAAAUUUGAUUAUAUUUUUGUGAAAAAGAACAAAAAAAAAAGGGUUAGGAUAAGAGAGAAACUGGGAACAAUGAUUGAAGAUUCAGAAUUUCAAGGGCCAGGAGAGAAAAUUUUCGUUUCUGUUAGAAUAAGGCCAUUGAACGAUAAAGAGAGAAAAUCUGAUUGGGAAUGCAUUAACAAUGACACCAUUAUUUUCAAGAAUAGCUUGCCUGAACGCUCUAUGUUCCCUGCCGCUUACACAUUUGACAGAGUAUAUGACUGUGACUGCCCUACGAAACAAGUAUAUGAUGAAGGAGCUAAACACAUUGCACUUUCAGUACUAAAUGGCAUCAAUUCAAGCAUAUUUGCAUAUGGGCAAACAAGUAGUGGAAAGACAUAUACAAUGAGGGGAAUCACUGAAUAUGCAGUAGCAGAUAUAUAUGAUUACAUUGAAAAGCAUAAAGAAAGAGAAUUUGUGGUGAAAUUCUCUGCCAUGGAGAUUUAUAAUGAAGCUGUGAGAGAUCUCCUUAGCUUGGAUAGUACCCCACUCAGACUCCUAGAUGAUCCAGAGAGGGGAACCGUUGUGGAGAGACUAGCCGAGGAGACUCUAAGAGACAAGGACCAUCUUGAGGAGCUCCUUUCUAUAUGUGAAGCUCAAAGGCAGAUAGGAGAGACCGCUUUGAACGAAACUAGCUCGAGAUCGCAUCAGAUUUUACGGCUGACGAUUGAAAGCUCAGCUCGUGAAUAUGCCGGAGCCGAAAAUUCAAGCAUUCUUUCAGCUUCCGUGAACUUUGUUGAUUUAGCUGGAAGUGAGCGUGCCUCUCAGACCUUAUCUGCUGGUACAAGAUUGAAAGAAGGCUGCCACAUAAAUCGGAGUUUAUUAACUCUCGGAACUGUGAUUCGCAAACUAAGCAAGGGAAGAAAUAGCCAUGUACCUUACAGAGACUCUAAGCUAACACGCAUACUCCAGAAUGCCUUAGGAGGCAAUGCCAGAACAGCCAUCAUUUGCACUAUGAGUCCCGACCGCAGUCAUGUCGAGCAAUCGAGAAACACUCUCUCAUUUGCGAGUUGUGCUAAAGAGGUAACAACUAAUGCACAGGUCAAUUUAGUUAUGUCAGAUAAGGCAUUAGUAAAGCAAUUGCAAAGAGAAUUGGCUAAACUGGAGAAUGAAAUGAAGAGCUUGGGAUCAGCUCCAGUCAAACGUGAUACUGCUAGCUUGCUAAGAGAAAAAGAGCUACUCAUUGAGCAGAUGGCCAAAGAGAUUGAAGAAUUGACUCGACAACGUGAUCUAGCUCAAUCUCGAGUUGAGAAUUUGCUUCUGUCGGUUAGAGAAGUUCAAAUGCUAAAGAGUGGAGAAUAUUCAUCGAAUUCGUCAGAAGUGACCAAUGUUCCAUGUACGGUUGAUUACAGCAAUCAUAAGGAUAUUGUUACACCUAGUGUGCCUAUAACCAACAACAACAACCAAUAUGAUGGGCAUCCAGAGAACUCUGAAGAGGAAUGUCAUCUCGAUGGCAUCACUACGAAGUUCGUUGAGCCUGAUCCAAGCAAGGGUUGGGACAAGGUUGCUCAAAAAAUAGAUGAAAAGUUCGAAGAUAACUGCAAGGAAGUUCGAUGCAUUGAAUUCGAAGAUUCGAGUAUUGAGAUGAAUGAAAAAGAAAAAGUUGCCUCUUUGAAUCCUGAGAACAAUGAAGGGAAACCAACCGUUGAAACCAAUGAGUUAUGGACCGAUCAUGUGGAAGAUAGAAAACCGGCCACGAAGGAUGCUGUUAUCAAGGAAAUCGAAGCUGAUAAUUUAUCAGCUGAUCCUGAGGAAGAGCAAGGAAAAGUAUCCCUAACCGAGACAGAACCGAGUAUCGAAAAGCAGGAAGGUGAUGACUUGUCCAGUAAUCCAAAGGAAAAUGUAGAAGAUUUACGAUCAAGUCAUGUUAAUAAAGAUGAAACUUGUGAGGCAUUGAAACAAAAAGUACAGGAACUACAAAAGACCAUUAAGUUCCUUGUUAGGUAUCACAUUAUGGGGGAUUCACCUGCUUUAUUAGAUGCAGCUAGCUCCGCUAGUAGCAUGAGUAGGAGCAGAAGCUGUAAGGCGAUCGUCACGACAAUGCCAUCUUCACCUAGGUUCGAGAAAUCACAACAGAAUGAAACCGUACCCACUUUCACAGAAGCUGAAAAGGACUUCAUCGAAAGAGCUAAAACCCUUUCUCAAAAGCUUUCUAACUCGAAAGACGAUAACAGAAAUGCAAAGAUGUCUAGAUGUAACUCUCAAGCUUCUAUUACUAGUGGUUCCACUGAAGAACAAAGUGUAAAAGAUAUUGAUGUGGAAGAAACCUGUAGUGAAGUCAAUUUUCCUCCUCGACCAUGGAAAUCAUUUGCUAGUGGUUCCAAGAGAAGAACUUCCUUCUCCAUUGAUUUUUCCGAAGGUGGUAGUGACACAAAAACAUGUCAAGAAAAGCAAAUUGAUAAGAAUUUGGUACCUGAAACCAAGACUGAGAACUCACAGGAAACUAACCAUUCUACGAAACUGCACUCGAGUUGGCCUGAAGAAUUCGAGAAUCUGCAGAGAACGAUAAUCGAGCUUUGGGAUAAAUGCAACGUACCAUUAAUCCACAGAACCUAUUUCAUCUUGCUUUUCAAAGGUGAUCCUUCUGAUUCUGUGUAUAUGGAGGUAGAGCUCAGAAGAUUGUCUUUUUUGAAGAACUCAAUGUCUUCAUUGGGAAGAAAUGGUUGGAAAGAUAGUCCAAUUGACACAGCUGCUUCAAGUGCAAAGGAUUUGAUGCGUGAGAGAAGAAUGUUAUACAAGCAAAUACAGAAGAAGUUCUCGAAAAAACAGAGAGAGGAACUAUACAAGAAGUGGGGAAUUGGGUUGAACACAAAGCAGAGGAGCUCACAGUUAGCCCGCCGUUUAUGGACAAACACACAAGACAUGGGACAUGUGAAGGAAAGUGCAGCUCUGGUAGCCAAGUUAUUGGGUCUUGUGGAACCAAGUCAAGCACCCAAGGAAGUAGUUGGACUCAGUAUCUUGCCCCGAUCCGUAACCCGAAGAUCCAGCAGCUGGAAAAAUGUCAUUCCUCCUCUGUUAUAGAAGAAGGUAGAGAGCAGCACAACAUAUUACGGAUAAAACUUUAGCUCCGGUCACCUGCAGGCUUAACGAGACCUUGCUCAUGGGCGGAUUGUGACACAUACACUAUAUAGAUUGAUAUAUAUAUAUAUACUUUGCAGGGUGGUGGUGAAAUGAAAUCAUCUCAAUUUCUAAAUUGGGAGCUGCACAUUGACCAGACUUUUUAGUAAUAGAUUCAAUUUGUUGUAUUUUAUUUUUUACUAUAAAUUCUUAUUGUUGUAUUUUAUGUGUGAAUUGCCAAAGAAUGUAAUAAU